AUGCCAAACCCGGACAAGCUCGAGCCAUACCACGACAGUCCCUCACAGAGCAAAGCUACCCUCUCGGAAAUGUCAGACUACGAGAGCCUUCCGCAGGACUCAAACGAGGUCGAGGGCGCCAAGCUCUUGCCUCGCGAAUCGCACGACUACGAGAUGGAGGAGGCAGGAGCUCCGCGAUUGCGAGACUACCGUUCGCACAGCAAGACUUCGGUUCGCAGCCUCUUGCUCUCGCAACUUCAGAGCGGCUGGUUCAAAUUGGGCUUGAUGCUACUCGGUCUCGUUUGUUUCGGCAUGCAAAUCGGCAUCUUGCUACGACCAGGUGCUCGAGUGCAAGCAGCCGAUUCUCGCUGGCCUCGCAAGGAGUUGGCCAAAAUCAACAAGAUCCAUUAUCUCAUGCCAGCGACCAAAGCCACGCAGAACUUCUGCUUCUGCCUUGCUGCUGCCGUCAUGAACGACGCCGAACCAACAAUCUUGAGCUGGGGAUUCCCUCUCGUUCAACCUGAUGUCUUCUUCGAAAAGGUGCGUGCUGUCCACCAAUUCCUCGUCGACCACGCCGACGACAACGACAUUGUCAUCUUUGUUGAUGGCUUCGAUGCUCUUCUUCAACGCUCCGUGCGGGAGGUCGCGGCUGAGUUCAUCGUAUCUGGUGAGCGCAUGCUCUUUGGCGCUGAAAAGCAUUGCUAUGGAGGCACCCCACCAUCCGACGAGAUGCCCUACUGCAACGUGCCGGAAGCGCCCUUCACAAAAGAGGACAUCUGGGGCAAGGAGAACCGAUGGCCUACCUCGACCUCUCAACAAAAGGCGGUCCCAAGAUACCUCAACUCUGGUACCAUGAUCGCAUAUGCAAAGGAUGCUCGCGAGCUGUAUGCCGCCGUGAUCCAUUACUGGAAGAACGACACCUGGGGCAAGAAAGUCUGGGACGAUCAAACCAUCUUCGCCGUCAUGUACUACCGACAGCAGAUGCAGAUCAAGCUCGAUUUCGAAGGCCAACUCAUCAAGCCCUUGUGGGCGUGCGAAGACGAAUUCGAAUGGCAGCCGCGCAUCGCAUCCCAAGGCACACGAAAGGAGAUGCUCAGUUUGCCACCAGACGAGGCGUCCAAGCUGCUUUCGGCUCAAACUCUCAACGGCACGCAGCCAUGGCUCUUGCAUAGCACCAUCUCAAAAUUCAUUCCGGGCAUUUUGCAUCUCCCCGGCUUCGUCAAGCCUUGGAUGAUGCCGCAGAUCCAGUCGCGCUUCUGGUGGAGUGGCAGCACAGUGGACCGAGCUCUGACUCGUCGAGUGCAAGCAGUGCUCAGCAAAACGACAGUCAUGAUGGCCUCGCCCAACACCACAAAGCCUUUCUCUGAGUUGUGCGAUAAGCACUUCCUGCCAGGCAACUACACACCCAAGGCGUUGCCGGACAAGCAUAAAUACUAG